AUGAGGACCUUCCUCACUUUCGUGCCGAAGGCUCGUCUUACAUAUUUGGAUCAAUCAAGCAAGAAGGGAGCAAUGAGUCUCGUUUCCGUUCCCGCUCCCCUUUGGAAACUCAUCUGUCCCCCCGUCGUACCCGCUCUCGGUCCCGCUCCAGAAGCCCUGACGACCACUAUCGUUCCAUUCCUAGAACCCGUUGGUAUUCCGAUCACUAUCGACCGCGUUAUAGAAGCCCCAAAAGCUCCUAUAUCAGUCAAAGCCCGCACAAAUCCCAUCAGUCCCGCCGCUCAGUUUCCUCUAUUUCGGCCCAAAAGCUCCUACUAUAGAAAAUCUCCUCGUAGAGGCUCUCCUACUGAUGAAGGCGCUUCAAGAGGUUCUCAUUACAGACCGUCUCCUCACAGAGAUACUCCCAUGGAUCGGGGCGUUCAAAAUAGUUCCUACUACAGACCAUCGUAUUCCGUUCGAAAUGCGAGAGUGUUUUCUGAGUCCAAAGACCGAGCUCUUUCUCUUGCAUCAACUUAUAGUCUUGGAGAAUCAUUAGAUGACGAAGAGACACUGACCACAGAGUCGUGGACGAAACCUUCCAGUCACAAGCAAGGAGAAUUCAUGGUUCCUGCCUAUAAAUCUCCUGAGCCACCAAGUACAAUUGAAGAAUCAUGGGCGGAAAUUGCUAGUCGUAAGCAUAAAGAAUUAAUGGCAAUUAAAGCAGCUAACAUAACCACUUCGAAACACAUUUCACUCGCUACUUCCGAAGGAGAAUCCAAACCCCUUAAGCAAAUAAUAACUUUGGAGCAAUCAGCAUCAGUGGAAAAAGAUACCCCCGUCAGCCCUGUCAGAGAUGUGAGAUUGUUGUUGUUCAAGAGGAAAAGGCAGAGCAAAGCGGAAGGCUUGGAUAUCCAGCACCAAAUAUCCUCCCUCCUGUACCCUCGCAAGAGAAAAGCUCGACAAACACCGCCGACUGAAUCUAAGAUGAAUGUUUCGACUGAUGUGGAGAAAGAUGUUGACUUUGCUAAAGUAUUUGAAUCAUCUGCGCAGCGUUCAAGCACUCGUCAAUUGCCCAUACCAUUACAAGAAAUGAACUCACAAAGCGAGGCCCUUUUAUCUGCUUCAGACCAAGGCAUACACCCAGAGAGACAAGGCUUUCUCAAUAAUUCCCCUAUGCUUAUUCCACCUAGCCAGCGUUCAAGCAUCUCUUCAAAAAGUCUACGCAUGCAUCCAGAGAGACAGUUUCUUCUCCAAACCUCCCCUUCGCCAAAUGAAUCUCCCGAACACUUACAUCUUCAGGCUGAAUCCCGUCCUACCAUUUCUCCUUCAAAGAUCAAAAUUGACACGCAAACCUUGCAAUCGAAGAUCCAAGAACUUCGUCGUGCAUCCUCCGCUGACGAGAAACCUAGACCAAUUCCAAGCAUCAUGAAUGAGCUCUCAUUUAGCGAUGACCCCUUCGAAUCAGACCAAUAUGCUGUCGAGCCAGUGAUUCCUACUCACUGGCAGGAUUAA